GGUGGAUGGAUAGCCUACUGGAUAGACCUCUGGAGCAAGAGAAAGUGUGGGUCGCUUGGAAUAUGCAAACUGUUUCGUUUGUCCAUUUGGGUAUUUAGGCUGUUAUUGUUUUGUAGCCUAGUCUGACGAUUUAUUUAGGCUGCAUUUGAUCUCAGACACAGAAAUAGCCUAUGAUCGCGUCUUUUCGACGUUUGUUUUUUCCAGAUGGUUUAUUGAAUCGCUAUUCGACCGGUCAUAUUUGCUUACGGUUAUGAGAUAGUUUAUAGAGCACGGUUGUGUGCCUCGGUCACGAUUGGAAUGCUGGCAUGUCUGUCUCGGGAGCACAGAAGUGUCCGAAGAACGAUAAAUUGGACGAAGCGCAAGCUCUGGCGAAGAGCUGCGCAGGGAGACCCGACUUUUUGCCUUGCGAUGGACUGUCAAUUUGCGCCACACACAGUCAUGGGAAGUGCUUCAAACUACACUGGUGCUGUCACUUGGGCUGGUGUCACUGUAAAUACGUGUAUCAACCCAUGACCAGUGUGUGCCAGCUGCCCAGCACGCCGGUGCCCUUGUCAGAGACAGAGUUUGCCAGCACCAUCGACCUGUCUGUCAUGUUGGCCGAGCGCUUCCUGAAGAUCGCCCCCUGCUUCCAGUCCCCGCCCCUUCUAGAGUCUCCCAAGUAUUGCAUCAUCACUGACCUCUUUGUGGACGACUACAUUGUGAAGCGCAUCAACGGCAAGAUGUGUUACGUGCAGAGGCCUCUACCCCCUAUACCGGAGCCCCCGACACCUCUCCUGGCACCUCCUGCUCCAGCCCCCGCAUCCCUGGCGGCCCCUGCCCUCCUGCCUCCUCCCCCCUGCCAGCCAGCAGCGCCAGCCAAGCCGCCGCUGAGAGAGCCCAAGCCCAGCAGUCCCCUGGACAGGCUGAAGGGCCCCCAGAUGAACCACUGCUCCUCCCCAUCAAGCUCAGAGGACUCUGGUAUCAAUGCCCUGGGUCUGCACUUCUUAGAGUCCUGCGAGGAGGAGUCCGAGGGUGAGGAGGAUGACGAGCUGAGUACAGAUGGGAACUCCAGCCGUGGCAGCCUGUGGGAGCAGGAUGAAUGCUCACUGCUGUCGCCCUCCAAGUCCACGGUGGAGAUAAUAGAGAAGAUUGAAACCACUGUGUGACCCACCUCCCCCAUGUAAACAUACUGACGUCUUCAGAGCCUGCAGUACACUGCUACUGGACUACCUCCUAGGAUUUUCUGAAGGUGGGCCGAUAAGACCAAUAAGACAGAUAAGACCCCAAAGGACUUAAAGGGUCGGAGUUGGUCAAUGUGUGUUCGUUCAGAGACAGUCAGGAAUACUGAUUCUGAAUUUUUACCCAUCGACCCACUCUCCAUCUCCCAGCAUGGUUUGUAAGAUGGGGUCACAUAGCCUAGACCUCUCCUCUACAGGGGAGAACAAUACAGCACAACCCUACCACCAGAACCACAAGCACACAUCACCCAGCCAGGAUCAAGACCAGAACCACAAGCACACACCACCCAGCCAGGACCAGGAUCCAGACCAGGACCUGGACUGAGCACAUCCUAUGGAUACAUGGCAUUCUUAGAAAAUGAAAGGAUCUCAGAAGGAUCAGACAGAGGGCCUGAGAAAAGGAGAGGUGGUUUUAGAAGUUCCUCAGUAGAUCUGACUGCAGCUGAAUCAUGGAUGAGGUGUCAGGUAUCAGCAAGACGUUGUGAUGAAAGAGAGAUGGCUGUUAUCACUGUUCUCCAGACAAGAGUCUUCUCAAAUUCUUUGAAAAGGAUUUUAGAAAAUUGGAGCAUUUGUUGAGUUCUCUGAAAAGGGAUAUUCUAGAAUGUUGGAGAAUUGGUACAUAUUCAUUUAAUUAGAGUUAGGGUUUUAUUUAGCAGAUGCUUUUAUCUAAAGCAACAUACAGCCAUGAGGGAUUUAAACUUGCGACCUCUUGGAUUGCAGUCAAACACUCUACAACUGAGUUACACGCAUCUCUGAAGAGGGAUGUUCUAGAACGCUGGAGCGUGUCUUAACUUGCACUCCUGUGGCCAGGACCCACCCACUAGGAUUAGUCAUAAACACUUUGGCAUUAUAAGAGGAACACCUACCUCUUACACACACACUCACAGACACACAAACACACAUACACUGACACACUGACACACCUACACACAAACACUCACAAACAUACAAAAGCCUUUUAUGCAGUAACUCAUUCAUUACUAAGACGAUUACUCAUAACACCCACCUGCUUUUAGGUACACAGUGGUCUGCACUUACCAUACUUUGAAGAAAAAUAGAUAGCAUGUGGGUCAUUUUAUGACAAUCAAGGAUGACACAUAAGCACACUGUCCUGCCUGCCAGUGAACACAUACACAUCCAUCUGCCAAGAAUAUUGUGUGUAAUCAAUAGAGAAUCUUAAUGCUUUCACAAGAGUGUGUGGAAACUGUGUUAAGCUUCAAUAAUUGGUGCUUUACGGUUUAAAUUGUUAAAUACAUAUUGCUGACCACAUGACCAAGCCACUACAUCUCUUUCAAAGCACAGCCCUUACUGUGGGACUCCCAUCACUACUGAAUGGGUGUUCAUGGUCCUCUGUGUUCCAGAAUGUUCUGGUCAGGGAUAUUCAUUAUUCCGUCAGUUCAAUCAACCUGAGAGAAAAUAGAUGAGGAUUUUAUUGAUUUCUCUCAACAUUCCAACGCUAAGUAGAAUACACAUGAUAUGUAAUAUAGACUGUACACUGCAGAAACAUAAUCACCCUUCAAUGCAGUUUUAAAGCAUUCCUUAAGUUCCUGUAAUUGUUAUAUCUCUUAUUUUCAUACAAAUA